CUUGCGCGCAGCCGGAGGCUGGGAGGGCGCCGCGGAGAGGACGCGAGCCGCGCGAGACCAGCUGCGCACCUGGAAAGUUACCCGCGGUCUGGUCUGGUGAGGUCCCAGGGCACCAUGGGAAAUGGUUCAGUGAAACCCAAACAUUCCAAGCAUCCAGAUGGCCAUGCCGGGAACCUCAGCGCUGACGCCCUGCGAAUCAAGGUGAUGGAGCUGGAGAGAGAGCUGAGGAGGAGGGAUGCUGAGAUCCAGGAGCGGGAGUUCCAUCUGAAGGAGCUGCGGGAGCAGCUCUCAAAGCAGACUGUGGUCAUUGCUGAGCUCACAGAAGAGCUCCAGAACAAGUGCAUCCAGCUGAACAAGCUGCAGGAUGUGGUGCACGUGCAGGGAGGAAGCCCGCUCCAGGCUUCUCCAGAGAAAGUGCCUCUUGAGGUCCACCGGAAGACCUCAGGCUUGGUGUCUCUCCAUAGCAGGAGAGGAGCCAAGGCAGGGGUGUCUGCUGAGCCAACAACCCGAACCUAUGACCUCAACAAACCCCCUGAGUUUUCCUUUGAGAAAGCAAGAGUCAGAAAGGACUCCAGUGAGAAGAAGCUCAUUACUGAUGCCCUUAAUAAAAAUCAGUUUCUGAAGAGACUGGAUCCUCAGCAGAUCAAAGACAUGGUGGAGUGUAUGUAUGGGAGAAGCUAUCAGCAAGGCAGCUACAUCAUUAAGCAGGGAGAGCCCGGAAACCAUAUUUUUGUACUGGCUGAGGGUCAAGUAGAGGUGUUCCAAGGAGAGAAGUUGCUGUCAUCUAUCCCUAUGUGGACCACAUUUGGGGAACUAGCCAUUCUGUACAACUGUACGAGAACUGCCUCUGUGAAAGCUAUUACCAAUGUUAAAACAUGGGCACUAGAUCGAGAAGUUUUCCAGAACAUCAUGAGGAGAACAGCCCAAGCUAGAGAUCAACAAUACAGAAACUUCCUCCGAAGUGUAUCCUUGCUGAAGAAUUUACCUGAGGAUAAACUAACCAAGAUCAUUGACUGCUUGGAAGUGGAGUACUAUGACAAAGGAGAUUAUAUCAUUAGAGAGGGCGAGGAAGGAAGUACGUUUUUCAUCUUGGCUAAAGGAAAGGUAAAAGUCACACAGAGUACCGAGGGCCAUGAUCAACCACAGCUGAUAAAAACACUACAGACAGGAGAAUACUUUGGAGAAAAAGCUCUCAUCAGUGAUGAUGUGAGGUCCGCUAACAUUAUUGCUGAAGAGAACGAUGUCGCUUGCCUGGUGAUCGAUCGAGAAACAUUCAACCAAACUGUCGGGACAUUUGAAGAACUCCAAAAAUACCUUGAGGGGUAUGUGGCAAACCUGAACCGUGAUGAUGAAAAAAGACAUGCAAAGCGGUCCAUGUCUAACUGGAAGCUGUCCAAAGCACUCUCUCUGGAGAUGAUUCAGCUGAAGGAGAAGGUGGCCAGAUUUUCCUCCUCAUCCCCCUUCCAGAACCUUGAGAUUAUCGCAACACUGGGCGUUGGUGGGUUCGGAAGAGUUGAGCUUGUUAAGGUAAAAAAUGAGAAUGUUGCCUUUGCCAUGAAGUGCAUAAGGAAGAAGCACAUAGUUGACACCAAACAACAGGAGCACGUCUACUCUGAGAAGAGGAUCCUGGAGGAGCUGUGUUCGCCGUUCAUUGUGAAAUUAUACCGUACUUUCAAGGAUAAUAAGUACGUGUACAUGCUUCUGGAAGCCUGCUUAGGCGGGGAGCUGUGGAGCAUCUUAAGGGACAGAGGCAGUUUUGAUGAGCCUACCUCCAAAUUCUGUGUUGCUUGUGUGACAGAAGCAUUCGAUUACCUGCAUCGACUAGGUAUUAUCUACAGAGACCUGAAGCCGGAAAACUUAAUUCUAGAUGCUGAGGGUUACCUCAAACUGGUUGACUUUGGGUUUGCUAAGAAAAUAGGUUCUGGACAGAAAACUUGGACAUUCUGUGGGACUCCAGAGUAUGUAGCUCCUGAGGUCAUUCUCAACAAAGGACAUGACUUCAGUGUGGAUUUUUGGUCCCUGGGAAUUCUAGUGUAUGAGCUCCUAACGGGCAACCCGCCCUUUUCUGGGAUUGACCAAAUGAUGACCUACAAUUUAAUUCUCAAAGGAAUUGAGAAAAUGGAUUUUCCCAGAAAGGUAACAAGACGACCUGAGGAUUUGAUUCGGAGACUUUGCAGGCAAAAUCCAACAGAAAGGCUCGGAAAUCUGAAGAAUGGAAUCAAUGACAUUAAGAAACACAGGUGGCUAAAUGGUUUCAAUUGGGAGGGACUGAAAGCUCGGAAUCUUCCCUCACCAUUACGAAGAGAGCUCAGCGGACCCAUAGAUCACAGCUACUUUGACAAAUAUCCUCCUGAAAAGGGAGUGCCUCCGGACGAGCUGUCAGGUUGGGAUAAAGACUUCUGAUGGAAGAAAAGAUGGUUUCUGCUGAGACACCACAGAAGACUAUAAGGAUCAGUAAUCCAACCCUGAUUUUUUCUCGCUUCAAAGUAUUAUAAGAUCUUUUGGAAGACUAUUAGUGAGAAGAAAUCUCUGCACCAGAGGUGGAGGAAAGUGGUACAGAUGGGGCUCUGAAUUAUAAGGUCUUGCUUGGGAUGCUAUGAAUUAUUCCUGUAUUCCAUCCUACGCAUGUAUCAAAUGUGGAAGGAUACAUCCUUUACCUUUCAACCAUCAGAAACAUUUUUGUUGAAAUGGCAUAGUUUCUCUUUGUUGAAACCUAUCGCUUCUUCUCAUAGUUUUUCCCUUUGAAAUCUGACAAAGCUUAACAAGUGUCUCGACUUCUGAGCAAGUAAAUCAUUGAAAGUGAAGGAAGAAUACAGUGAAUUUUGGAAGGUUUCCCCCACACUCAAUAAUUCCAUGUGUGCAUUGUGACUUCAUAACACGGGGGUUUGCAGAAAUCUUGGUAAUCAAUAGAAACUCUUGACUUUCAUCAGCUUUUAACCUAGACACAUAUGAAUAUGCUUCUGAUGCUAGUCUGGGAAAAGGCAGGUUUGAGUAUUACAGAGUGAUACUUUUUCCUAUAGAAAAUGAACCAAUUAAUCUAACUGAGUAAUUAUAUUCUAUUGGGGAACUUAGAAAAAAUAAAGCAAAAACAAUCUUUCUUUCUCCUGUGACUGCUGUGAUACCUCAGAAAAUUUUUCAUAAGCCUUGUUAAAAGUGAUUAUAAUGUAUGGUUAAAUUAUGGGUUCCAAAUAAAUAAUAAAUUCAAAGGGUUUUAUUUUGGGUACUAAAAUAUUUCUCUAUCAAAGUAGAAAAUAUACUUGAGCAAAAUUGUGAAGACUUCUCCUUCUCUUUAAAGAUAAAGAGAAUAAAAUCUAUUAAGGUUGUGGACUCUUUGAGAUAAUUUUAGCCAAUUUUGAUUAUUGCUCCCCAAAUGACCCCCAUGAAUUAUGAAUGAGAAGCCCAUUGGGAAAUGUUAAUCCACUGUGCUCACUGUCGAGUAUAGCUCUUUUUAAAGAUAUCUGAGUCAUGGAUAUGUUUAUAAUUUUAACACAUGCCAUUGGAGAACUGUUAAGAUUUUAGACAUGCACCUAGCAUCUGACCUCUUCCUUGUCCUCCUGGCAAUCUUCUAGACAGUAGUAGGGUACUCUUCAAUAGUGCUGGAUACCAGUACCUAAGAAUUUGACUAGUGAAUAUUUUCAUGUGUUGCCAUGGUCACUCUCCUACCCUCCUUCCACAGUACGUGGGAAGCAGAGCUUUCUCUGUGUGUUUUAAUCUGACAGUAGCACAAUCUAAAUUCUAGAAUUAUUCAAGUUUCCGGUUAUAUUUUUAUAUGAUAAUGGUCUAUUGAAAAGCAAUCUCUACCCCCUCCAUGCGCAUAUUUUCAUCAUUCAGAGAGUCAACUGUAAGCUUCCUGAAGUCUUGAAGCGGACAAGUGAAGCCCACAUUGAGACAGUACACCCUUAAUAAACGAAUUUCCACAUUGAGAGUCCUUUUGCUGAACCAAAGAGAUUUUGUUCUUGGAGUAGUAUUUUUAAAGAUUAUGUAUUGUACAUAGAAGAAUCAUUUUUAAUAGGACUGACAUAACCUGCUUAAAGAAUUUCUAAACUUUAUAAAAUAUUUUAUUUGCAUUUUGUUUGUAUGUACUAUAUGUUUUCCAUGUAUAUAUUUUAGCAUUACCAACAUAUACAGGUAAAAAAUUUAUGUAUUAGAUGGAUAUUAGAACUGUACAUAUAUAAUUGCAAUGAUAAUCUCAGAAGGGAUCAAUAGUUAUAAUUUUUAAAACUACGUAUAUAGAGAUAAAAACCAAUUUAGAAUACUACAGGCGUACUUUGCCUGUGAUUAACCACAUCAUAUGAAAUCUCCAAAUGUGAUUUUAUUGUUUCUUUUAGAGUACCUUAUAAAGAUGAAAUAUAAGUGCUUGGCCCAUUAUAUAAUCCCAGCUCUACUAUUUCCUACCUAGGAAAAUGAUAUACUUUUUGAGUACUAGCUAUCUCACUUGUAGAAAAAGGCACAAUGAAGUAAUAUCUACUUUGAAAAUUUGCUCUGGCCAUUAUAAAAAAUCAUGCAGAGAGUCUUUUGUCUAGUAUCUGAAAUAACCAAUGCUGCACAGAUGGGGGCUACUGUUUUAUCUCUGUUAAAAUUCAAGAGGCCUUACUGACCGUUUAGUUCUGAACCUAUGUAUCAUUGGUGUCUGUAUCACAGUUGUACCAAUUAAAUCAGUCUCUGUCCUUUCUUUGUGUGAAGUCUGCAAGUAAAGAUGGUUGAUCAAACA